AUGGUAAUCCUGCCCCCGCCACCCUGGCGUAAUUGACUUUUUUUUUUUUAUGCUCGUGCCUCGCUUCGGGACGUGGUCACGUGGACCAAGCCUGCACUACUUCAGCCGGUGACGUCACGGUCGCUCGUGAGCCAAUGGCCGCGUCUGUUUAUAUGGGGCUUCGUUUUCCCUUGGAAGCCAAAGGCCGGGAGGCUGCGCUUUUGCUCGGUGGCUGCGCUGCUGCCUCUCCCGCAGGGACUGGGGUUUCUGUAGAUCCGUCUCUGGGGAAGCGACGUUAGGGCUUCUUGCAUUGGGCUCAUCGCGGUUCAGAUUACCAAGAAAGAGAACGGAGUGGGAGAAGCCUCCCAUUCGGUCUUCGUUACAUCUUAAACUGGGAUAAGAAUGAGAGGAUGAAACAGAGAGAUAUUUGUGUGCAUCUCUUCGCUGGAGGAUGUGGAGGCACUGUAGCUGCAAUCCUGACAUGUCCACUAGAAGUUUUGAAAACACGAUUGCAGUCUUCAUCUAUUACGCUCUAUAUUUCUGAAGUUCAGUUGAAUACUGUGAAUGGAGCAGGAGUUAAUCGAGUUUCCCCACGGGCUUUCCAUUGUUUUAAGAUGAUCUUACAAAACGAAGGUCCUCGGUCACUUUUCAGAGGACUAGGUCCUAACUUGGUAGGCGUGGCUCCAUCUAGAGCACUAUAUUUUGCAACUUACUCCAAGUGCAAAGAAAUUAUGAAUAACAUAUUUGAGCCAGAUUCUACUCAAGUACAUAUGACCUCAGCUGGAGUGGCAGGUUUUACUGCAAUCACAGUAACUAAUCCAAUUUGGUUAAUAAAGACACGAUUACAGCUUGAUGCAAGGAAUCGUGGAGAAAGGCGGAUGAGUGCUUUUGAAUGUGUACGCAAAGUGUAUCGGUCAGAUGGAAUUAAAGGGUUUUACCGAGGGAUGUCUGCCUCCUAUGCAGGCAUAUCAGAGACUGUUAUUCAUUUUGUUAUUUAUGAGAAUAUUAAACAAAAAAUCUUGGAAUGUAAUUCUGCUUCUGGUAUGGAUAAGGACAAUGAGCCGGUCAAAAAAGCAUCUGAUUUUGUUCGUAUGAUGGCUGCUGCAGCCACUUCCAAAACCUGUGCCACAUCUAUAGCUUAUCCACACGAGGUUGUACGAACAAGGCUACGAGAAGAAGGAACAAAGUACCGAUCCUUUUUCCAGACGCUGUCAUUGCUUAUGCAAGAAGAAGGCUAUAGUUCUUUCUACCGUGGCCUAGCCACACAUUUGAUAAGACAGAUACCGAACACAGCUAUAAUGAUGUCUACAUAUGAAGUGGUAGUCUACUUGCUCAAUAGACAGCAAUACUGCUAUCUGACUUUAGGGAAGUGAAAGACCAAAAGCUUGCAGUGGACCACGAACUCUCUGAGUGACAGACAGCAGCUAUAUAUAUAUUAUAUACACACACGCGUAUAUCAACUAUAUGCAGUUAUGGAUGAAGUGGAAGACUGAUGAUGGGCAAUCAUUCACACACGUGCUGGCUUAUCAUAUGGUAUCUCUUGCAAGUUGUGCUUAAAGGACUGCCUUUAACAUGUCAUACUUCAGUUGCAAUUUCCUCUUACCAUGUCACCUUUUUUUACUUCUAUGCAGUGAGCAUCAAGGACUUGGUGUGAGCAAGGAGGGUUGUAACAUGGGUUCUAGCUGCAAAGUGUAUAUCUCUUUUUGACUCAAAUCCAUUACUGGUAUUAGAGUCAUGUUCUCUUCCUACAGCAGUUUGAAGGCUGUGUCAGUCUAAAGCAGAUUCAUGCUCGUAUCUGAAACUCCAUUUUGCAAUUUGAAAUAAAAUGAAAGGUGAAGAUUCACAUUAAGCUUCCCAUUUUACUACCUCAGUGGGUCUCAUGGGGAAAUUUAGAUUUCUCACUUAAAAAAAAAAUGGCCUUCAUUUGUAGAAAUGGGGGCAGGGCAGGCUGAACAAAAUUUCUUGGUAUUCUGAUAAUUUUAACACCUAACCCUGGGGUUCACUAUACUGUUGGUGCAUAUUUUAAUUACCUUAAGUGUUUUUUGGUGUACAAACAGAAGAAUGUUAAGAUCUGCAUAAGAUUUAUUUCUGUUCUCCUGAGCUGUAUACAGCUUUGGCUCAUAAAUCCCAGUGGGACUUAAAGUAUUUCUAGAUCAUGUUAUUUUGAACCAAGAAUCAACCAAUAUAGGGCAGGGUGGCAAGGAUCUUAGUAACUCAGUGUUAUGCCAGACUUCAGCAAACUUAAUUCUCAUAAGAAUACCUUCAUUGAGCUGAAAUCUGCAUUAACUAAAUGCCAAACUUUACUAGAUCUCAAGAACAUGUCAAAAUCAGAUGCUAAUAGAAUUAACUAGAGAAAUAAUUGAAUACUCUGUGUUUAAGCAUUCACUUAUACUUCAUUCUUUGCUUCAUCUCUGAUGCACUAUGCAGAAAUUGUAAAAUUAAUGUUCCUUUUUUUCUCAGAAAGAAUAGUCUUUAAAAUUUAUUUCAACAUUUAUACAAUAUAGUCUGCUAUAAUUUAAGAAUUGGUCUUCACUAACUCAUAAUAGCUGUAUUGUCUUUAAAAGAAAUUAUUUACAGUAUUACAAAUAGCCUAUUUUAGUGUUCUGUAAUAAAUACAAAAAUCCUACAUUUAUUUUUUUUAACUACAGCACAUCUGUUCUAAGCAAAUUUCUGCCUGUGGAUUAUUGAUUUCUAACCUAUUUUUUUAUUUUUAUUUUUGCACAUGUAGCUAGUGAUACCAGGAGAUAAACUUGUGAAUUCAUUUGCAGUUAUUUAGUUCAAAGGCAAUAUUCUAAAAAUGUGUAUCUUUAGUGCACAUUUGAUUUUUUAUUGGAGAAAAUUAAGUAAUUGUAAUGGUGCAAUCCUACUCUUGCCUGUUCAGAAGUUACAUAGAAUUUAGACAGAUUUAUUCCCGGGUCAGCAAGAAUAGGAUUAUAGCCUAAAGUUUAUUUAUGGCAAGUGGCUUAAAUCAAGGUUAGUUCCCUUUAUUACUGUAUGUAUUUUGUUCCUAUAUAAUGCAAAGAACUGAAGCAUAUGAGGACAUCGGGAACGACUUAAAAUUUAGUUCUAUAAGUUGUUCAAAAAUAGUCUUAUUGCAGGCUAGGUUUGCUGAAGUACUUUAAAAUAAUGCAGGGAUAUUGAGGAUAUAACCAGAUAGAAAAAUGGUUCCUCCCUGGCUAUUCUGUGGCAGAUAUGUUUCCUGUAGGCUUGCAAUAUUUAGUUUCAUGGUGUAUUCAAAUGACCCUCUUGUUACAAACCAUUCUGCUGGAACUUUUUAGCAGGGAGCAAUUUUCCUUAAUGAGGUUGAUCUUGUUAUAUUAUUUUAAUAAACUUGACAGAUACAAUCAUUAGUUGAGGAUGACUGAAGAAAAAAAAAUUGUUAAAGGAAUGGAUUCCUCAGCAACCUUUCAUUUAAACAAAUUUGUUAUAAAUAUUACUGACAAAGAUGCUAUUGAUCGUAAACAAUAGGCUACAAAUGCUAACUGUCUUAAAGGAUAAAAUCAUGUAUUAUUACUUUGUUAUGAAGAAACAUUAUUUCUAGGAAAAAAACUGACUUUAUAUUUUUCUAUGUCUACACUCAGGUAGAUUCAGACAACCAAGUCUCCCCCUGCACUGUGCAAUUACUGUAAAGUCCACAUUCCAACAAAAAUUGUCCAAAGAUAGUCAGAGAAGUUCUGGGCGAGUGAAAGGGUAAAAUCAUUAUUACUACUAAUUCUACACCUGGCAAAGCCUUUAAAAAUAGACACUUUAAAAUCAUACGCUGUUCUAGCACACCAGCUUUAUGAAUCCACGCUUUGGUGGUGGUGGUUAGUUCCAAAGUAGCUCCAACUCGUUAUGUGAUCAUACAGCAUCCUAAACUUAAUGGAAAUGCCCCAAUGUCACUAAAAGGUUCACUUUCAGUGGCUUCAGAUAAUGACUUUGCCAGAUGAAUAAAGUUCCUUUUAGCUAACACAUCUACUUGAACAUAAUUUGAAAUGAUGUUCUAUAAAUUUUUUUGGUAAAUCUUUUAUAAUCUGCAGUCAGAAAAAUGCAUAUGAUUAUGAUAGAUAUAUUAUGAAAACGGGGAUAUGAUGUGAACGGUUCAUCCUAAGCAUUUCUACUGUCACCGCCGUUUCACAUAUGUUACAAUGUAAAGCUGUGGGGUAUCCAGGUUCAAAGGAGAAAAGGUGAUUCAGUGUGUGUGGUGGGGGGGGGGGUUUGUCAGCAGUUUUCUGGAAUCCCAGAAAAAUAGACAUUUGAUUUAAAGAGGUGCUGCCUUUUCCCUUUUACAUCCAGAUUCUUUGCACAGUCUGUCUGUGAGCGCAGUACUUGCUAAACAAGUAUCUAUAGAAUACUUGUUUACCUUAGUCCAGUGUUUCUCAAUCUCUGCAGCUUUAAGAUGAGCGGACUUCAGCUCCCAGCUGGCUGGGAAAUUCUGGGAGUUGAUGUCCAUACAUCUUAAAGUUGCUGAGGUUGAGAAAUGCUGCCUUAGUCCAAGAUUAACAUUGAUGGCUUUUAGCAUAGUUGCUUUAAGGAGCUAUCCCAACUUCAGCCAGAAUUCAGAUUAGGGACCUCGGGAGAGACUAGAAGAAGACCCAGAAGUCUCCUGGAACACUUGAAGAAAACUCCAUAGAUGUCAUUGUUCCACCAAAGGAAUGCUGAUACCCAGUGCCAACUCUCAAGUUGAAAUACAACACACAAUAUUAAGAAAAGGUCCCUUCCAAACUCCUUUGCACGGAAAUAAAUUAGUUGAUUACUCCACAGCAGGUACAUCUUUUAAUAAUUUGAAAAAAAGACUAUAUUUUCCCACCUACUAGUCUUUUAUGGCUUUUUGGUCUUUGCAUCUGUCUUUUAGUUUAUAAGAUACUUUAUGUAGUAAUUAUUUACCCAUUUUGUUCUAUCUAUAUAAAAAUUGGUUAAAUAAUUAUGUAAUUUAAUAUGAAGGUAAUUUAAUCAAUUGUUUGGUUAUAUUCCUGUGUAUCUUUCUGAAGGAAAUUAUGAACUUAAAGAUAACUUCUUGAAAAAUGAAGAUUUCUCCCUGUGCACAAUAUACCUUGGAACUUAGUUUUAUUCUUCUGAAGAAUGGUAAGGCAGACACACAUACAGUAAAAUCAAAAAUCAGAAGGUGUCUGGUAGCACCUUUGGCUAACAAAUUUUAUUAAAAGGCAUAAGGUUUUGGGAGCUACAAAUGAGCUGGUGCUACUAGACGCCUUCUGAUUUUUGGAUGCCAUAGACCAGUAUUUCUCAACCUUGGCAGCUCUCAGAUGGGUGGACUCCACUUCCCAAAAUUCUGGAAGUUGGAGUCCACCCAUCAGAAAGCUGUCAAGAUUGAGAAACACUACCAUAGACUAACACGACUCUUACUAAAAUAAACUUAACCAGAAGGUGGCAUUAUAGUACAUGCCAGUGUAAGAAGUGUGUGUCUAUGUCACAGAAACAAGCCAUAGUGGAUUCUUUUUUUUUU